AUGGGCGUGGACUCCUCGAUGGCGCCGGAGGCCGAUCACGAUCCGGCUGUACAGAACCAGAGCACGACGGCGGUGGAUGGGGGAGAACAGCUAGGAGAACAACAGCCUCAGUCUCCGGCUUCCCCGGCGGCGCAACAGCUUCAGUCUCCGGCGUCGCCGCAGCAGACUCCGGUGGCCGGACCGAGGCAUGCCCCGACGUACUCGGUGGUCAAUGCGAUUUUAGAGAAGAAGGAGGAUGGGCCGGGGCUGAGGUGUGGCCACACGUUGACUGCGGUCGCCGCUGUUGGCGAGGAGGGCAGUCCUGGAUACAUUGGACCCCGGCUGAUUCUGUUCGGCGGUGCCACCGCCCUUUAG